AGUCAUUACAUGACUUUACAACAUUUCUCAAUAAAAAGGAUCAGAGGAGUCCCCACCAAUAUUCUGUAAUCAAAAUCCUAAUAAAUUCCUCCAUCCAUUCCUGUAGGACACAGUGACCUGAUUACAGAGUCUUGUUCCACAUUCAUACAAAUCCACAGGAGACCGAUCCGUUCUGACUCUAGUGAUUGGUAUACAACUCACAGAUCCUAGCAAUCUACAUAAUCCUAUUCGUCCUUCCCUCUAUAGAUAAUGGAACAGUCUUGGUGUCACCUGGGGAGACAGUGUAGUGGAAUUUAUGAAUACCAGAAUGCAGCAGCUGCUGGCCGGACAAGACAUGAUUAUUCUAAGGUCUCCGAGGCGUUCUACAGAAGCUGCCUGACAUUUGGAAGAAGAGAGGAGGUCACCAUGGGUUACCUGUGGAUCACCCUGCUGUUGCUGGUGGCUGCAGCUGAAGAUGUGUCUGCCUGCCCUAACGGCUGCACCUGUGACGAAGUCACCGUCAUCUGCAACGAAAAGGGCCUGACAAAGGUCCCUACGGGAAUACCGGCUGCCACAACCUACCUGAACCUGGGCAACAACCGAAUCAAAAAGAUCGAGGCGUCCGACUUCCGGAACCUGAACAACCUGCAGCACCUCUACCUGGACUCGAACGACAUCACCCAGAUCGACCCGGAGGCGUUCCGGGGUCUGUCCCGGCUGACAACGCUUCAGCUGAUGAACAACGGCCUCAUCACGGUAUCCCAGCGGCUGUUCGACCACACGCCCUCGCUUCGGACGGUCUCCCUGAAGGGCAACCCGUGGAGCUGCGACUGCCGGAUCCGCUGGCUGUGGGAGUGGGUGUACUCCAAGCAGGACCUCGACGCACCGGAGAUGCCCCAGUGCGACUACCCGUACGAUCUGGAUGGGAUAUACUGGGACCAGCUGACUGCUGACAACUUCACGUGUGAUGGAAGUGAAGUGGAUCCGACAGACAACGGAGGGACGGACAAGGAUAGCUCUUCUGGUACCUUCCCCUUCAUGCUGCCAGUCAUCCUGGGCUCGUGUCUCGGCUUCGCCGUGCUGAUGAUUCUCACCCUUGUCCUUGUGAUCUGCUUGAGGAAAAAGCGUCUUCCCACCCCGCCCGAGCAGCGAAAUGAUUUGACUAUCGCCAACAAGCACGCUGGGGACAGUCCGGUCAAAAAGGUCAAUGCGAACGGUAAAAUCAAGGGCGGGAAGCACAAGGACAAGAAGAAAGACAAGGACCACCCCGGGAGGAAGUCUUCCGAGGAGUUACAUGUAACCACGAGGCCAAUCGACGUAAACGAGGAGACUGUAUCAGGUAAGUCCCCACGAGACAAAGACUCUGCCUUGAACGGUGAGGGGCCGCCAUCUCAUUACAACCAGCAAAACUACUGCGGCCGUCCUGACUGUAAGAUCUGGUUUACGGAGCACGUCCACUUGGACGAAGGUGAGGGGACGACGACGCAGCAGCAGCCCCCCGAACAGAAGCAGCGAGUCAGCCCACGCCCCAAGAGUGAGGCGUACUACGUGAACCUCAAACCUGCAUCCCCCUCUGAGCCGUUCCUGCCGAUGACGGAUGCGGACGUCACCGUCCCGGGCGACGAUGGCAUGCCGAUGAAGAGACUUGACGUUAAGGGUCUUCACUUCCCCACCCUGAACUACUACCCCCCAGCCAAAAACGGUGUGGCACAGGACCUCAACGUAAACCCUGGCUCGCAACAGGAAGGACAAGCUUACCAACCGCUGCUGAAAACAGCAGGGCCCAAUCCCGACUACCAGCAUCUCGUGAGAGAGCAGGCCAGAAGACAGAACAUGAACAGAAUGAAACAGGCGCCUCGUGUGGACGUCCGAAAAGUGGACUCCAACUUGAGGGGCGAUUACCAAGGCCACUACCAGCAAGGAGCAAGACCAAAGGAAGCUGGGAGAGGGUAUGAGCAGCUACAGAGCAACAUGAACAGUGGGUACUCCAGCAGAGGGAGUAUGGACAGGUUGGGGGGCAUCAAUGUACAGACUACUUUAUAGAUACUAAGGACUAUGUCUGUGUGUGUGUUUGUCAGGAAAGUAUCACAAAGGGUUGCUUUUUUAUCUGACAGUGUGUAUUCUGAAAUCAAACCAGUUACCUCAAUGUUUGUCUUAUUUAUUAUUGGCAGAUACAGAUUUUGUAAAAUACAUUCCAUAUCCAUUUCUUUGCUACAGAUUGUGAUGAUUUCAAUUGGAAGAAAUCAUAAUUUGGUGCUUUCAGUGACGCAGUGUGAUCAAAAUGUUACUUCUAGUCACAAGUAAUGAUGCUAUCCAUCCAUGUAGCAAGUAAUAAAUCUAUCAAAUAGUGAAGCUUUGGAGUGAGUUGACACAGGCUUGUCUCUUAGCAUUUGUUACCAGUUUGAACAACCAUUCCACACCCUUGUAAGAAAUCGUAGUUUGGCAUGUGACAUGCCGUCUCCACUUGGGAUGAAGAAUGUUGCUGUAAAUACUGUUCCAGUGGACAGAACUGGAUGCCCAGAUGUCCCUCAGAAAAUGCCUCAUAGACCUCGAGAGUUUGGCCACACCUGGUAAUUUAAGUACAGCCUGUGUAUCCAAAUUUGAUUGUACUAACUCAAAGUUAGUAUGAAUGGUUGAUAGAAAAGUAUUAUGAAUGGUUGAUUUUCUUAUCUGACAAUGUGAUAAGUAGUCUGAAUUCUUUGAUAUAUCAAACCAGAUCCUUCUUGUGACUUAAAUUGUACUUCUACAAUUAUGGUGCAUGGCAUGAGAGCAACUAAGUCAUGCAUGUGUCAUAUGGUCUAGAAUGUUUCAAUUUCACAACAAGAACCAGUCAACCAACUAUUCCACCAACCAAUGAUCAAUCCAUUUUUAUAUCCAUCUAUCUUUCCAGCUUCCAUCCUUCUAACCACAGCCAGAGUAAAGUGGCUACUGCUUGUCAAACAAGUACAUUCCGUAAUUGUGCUAGUGUGGCCUUGGGAAGGAGGAGUUUUCUGAGGGAUAUUUGUUAAGACUGGCAUCCAGGUUUUUUACCAUGAUGAUGAUUUUACUGUUGCUACCAGUUAGAGUGUUGAUAUUGAGCGUGUUUAAAUGUUAAACCAUCGUACCUUAAAGAAAUUCUAGUGAACUUUAAAUUUGAGCAACGAGCCCAAUGAAGACCAGAACAACGACACUGUGUUUGAAACGCAGUAUCUUCUUUGUAACAAAGUAUUCUAUGAUUGAGAUGAUAUGUAUAAAUAUAUAUAGAACAACAUAGGCUAUGUAGGAAGUGAAGACCAUGUGUUGCCUACUGUUUUCCACCAGUUUUCAACUGUAAUAUUUAAUGACCGUUGCCAUUCUUCUGAUACUUGUAAAAAAAGUGUGGGAUUAAAA